AUCCCAGCGGCACGUUGCCGCUGUUGGAAGAUCAGGCUCUUGCAAGACCAAACAGAGAAUUACAUUCUCACUUACAUUUUUUUUUUGCGCUGCAGCAUCCACAUAAGCGGUGCAAUGCGGUAGAUCAUGUAGACCGAGUUCUUUUUUUAUUUACUUUCGUUUUUAUUUUUUUUUACUUUGCGGGAUACAAACUAUCUCUGGUCCUGCGGCGUUUCAUUCAUAUCUUUUGUGAUCAAGUGCGAACUUUGUAAACUCUCUGAAAUUAUAUAACGCCGAACAUAUAGCGCGGAAAUCACCAUGAGUGAGCAGAGUAUCUGUCAGGCGCGGGCUGCUGUCAUGGUAUAUGACGACGCCAAUAAGAAGUGGGUUCCGGCUGGUGGAUCUACAGGCUUUAGUCGAGUCCACAUCUAUCACCACACUGGCAACAACGCCUUCAGAGUAGUGGGCCGUAAAAUUCAGGACCACCAGGUGGUAAUAAAUUGUGCCAUUCCCAAGGGGCUGAAAUACAACCAGGCCACACAAACGUUUCACCAGUGGCGAGAUGCACGGCAGGUGUACGGCCUUAACUUUGGCAGCAAAGAGGAUGCCAAUGUAUUUGCCAGUGCCAUGAUGCAUGCCCUGGAGGUGCUGAACUCUCAGGAUGCAGGCCCCCCGAUGCCAAGACAGACCCCUCAGGUGCAGAAUGGCCCUUCACCAGAGGAGCUGGAGGUGCAGAGAAGGCAGAUGCAAGAGCUCCAGCGUCAGAAGGAGCAAGACAGGGAACGACUGGAGCGAGAGCGGCUAGAACGAGAACGCCAGGAACGAGAGAUGCUGGAACAGGAACGUGCCGAAAGGGAACGUCAGGAGUGGGAGCGUCAGGAGCGAGAGCGACUGGAGAGGGAACGUGCCGAGCAGGAACGUCUGGAGCGUGAGCGUCAAGAGCAGGAGCAGCUGGAGCGAGAACGCCAGGAACGGGAGUGCGCCGAGCAGGAGCUGAUGGAGAGAGAGCGUGCCGAGAGAGAGAAGCAAGAAAGGGAGCACCAAGAGCAGCUGGACAGAGAGCAGAUGGACUGGGAGAGAGGGAGACGCAUCUCCAACGCCGCAUUUGAAAGCACCCUCUACACUCCUCCACCUCCUGAAUACAACAAGGCCACCUCCUCCUCACCCGUGUCUCCUUCCACACCCAACUACCCACCCCCAACACCAUCGCCCUCCACAGCCACUCCUCCGACCCCACCCCUGCGCCACUCUGCCUCCCGAUUCGCCACGUCGCUUGGCUCCGCCUUCCACCCAGUCUUGCCUCAUUACGCCACCGUACCUCGCAGACAACCCGCCCCGCCCACACCACCGCCCCCUGCCCCAGCUCCUCCUCCAGCUCUGGCCUCCAAAUCCAUAGUCUGGACGGCUAAUAACUUCACACCACUACCACCCUCACCUCCGGUCAUGAUCAGCAGCCCUCCAGGCAAGGCCACGGGUCCUCGCCCGAUGAUUGUGAUCCCGGCCCCUAGUCCGCUCUCCCAGAAACCCCACUCACCCAUCUCGGCGCCCAACGGGCCGCCCACCUCCCUUCACUUCCACGCCUCGUCACCUGUCUCGGGUCAGCCGUUCUCUUUGCCCCCAACGCCACCCCCUCCGCCGCCCCUGUAUUCCCCCUCGCCCACCUUGCCCAUCACUCCCCUUGUGUCUUGUCCCUCACCCCAGCCUGCUGUUCUCCCUUCUCCUUCCACAGCCUUCCCUGCCUCUGCUGAGCACUUUGUAAACUCUGGGUUGGGAGACUCCUGCUCCUCUGCUCCAGAGCCGCCCACUCAGCCUGCUGACUUCCCCAGCCAGCCGGAUUCAGUACAGGGGAUACCAACCCCUCCACCCCCACCACCUCUCCCUCCCGGCUCCACUGUGACUCCCAACACUGCUGGACCUCCGCCACCCCCUGGUCCCCCUCCUCCUCCCCCACCACCUUUGCCCCCCACGCUUACCCCAACAGGUCCUCCCCCUCCCCCCGGCCCACCGCCUCCACCCUCAGGCCAGGCUCCACCGCCAGCACCACCUCCACCCCCGGCCCCACCUUUGCCCUCGGGUCUGUUCACCCCCUCGCCCACCACAGAGGAGAACAAGGGCCUGUCUGGGCUCGCAGCCGCCCUUGCUGGAGCCAAGCUAAAGAAAGUGCCAAGGAGUGAUGAGCCCCUGGCUCCAGCCGCAGGAUCAGCGGUGAGUUCUGGUGGUGCCAAGCCCGAGGCAUCCCGUGGAAAUGGUCUUUUACCUGGAGGAGGAGGUCUGAUGGAGGAGAUGAGCGCCCUGCUGGCCAGGAGGAGAAGAAUUGCUGAGAAGGGAUCAUCACCAGAGCCUGAGCAGAAAGCUGAUGAAAUUGAGGCUACCAUAACUCCAAAAGUGUCAGCCUGUAGCACACCAGAUAUGCCCAGAAAGCCUUGGGAGAGGACAAACACCAUGAAUGGUAGCAAAUCACCAGUCAUUGGAAGACGGGAUGCACCAUGGAGAAAUCAGAUGGGUACUGACAAGUACUAUGAUUCCUUAAACAGACCAAGGUCUACACCAACUCCUACCGGAUCCAUAAGUGCCAAUGGGGUGCCAACAGAAGCUCUUGACUACGACAGAUUGAAACAGGACAUUCUAGAGGAGAUGAGGAAGGAACUAUCGAAGCUGAAAGAAGAACUUAUUGAUGUAUCAAGCGUCACUGGCUUUCAGUUUUGA